AUGAAAUUUGCAAAGUCGCUCCUGCGCAACCAGGUGCCCGAGUGGAGCGAGUAUUAUAUCGACUACAAGGCGCUUAAAAAGCUUGUCAACCAAGCCGCCGCGGCUCCAGAGGGCACUGAACGGGAAACCGCAUCGCAGCCGUUCUUUUUCCAGCUCGAUCGCAAUGCUGAGAUCGUCGAUACUUUCUUCAAUUCCCGUUUCGCAGAGUAUAUGAGACGGCUGAAGCACGUUACUGAGCGGCUGCCAAAGGGAUCCCCAUCCCCAACCGGAUCAUCUGCCCCCACACUCGAUAUCCGGCUCUUGGACGCGGAUGAGCUGUCGGAGCUGGUCUCGGGGCUGCUGGAGUUGCGCUCCCAGUUCAGAAAGUUGGCUUGGUAUGCCGAAGUUAACAAACGAGGGUUUGUAAAGAUCCUCAAAAAGUUCGACAAGCAUUGUCGUGCGCACACUCAAACCAGAUACCUCACGUCCAAGAUUUUCAUCCUCCCGUUUGCAGAUGGACAACAAGUUUCAGAGAAGAUCAACCAGGCCAGCUCGAUCUUGCAGGAAAUCUCUCCGAAUGUCGAUUUGGAAAAUGGGUUGGCAAACCUCAAGUUCGGCGCGUCCGCAGAGGCCUUGCCAAUCGAUGUGCCCGCCGAAUUCGUUGCUGCCAUUGACAAUGGAGAUGACGAAAAGCUCAAGUCGUUAUUUGCUAGCUCGCCGAUGCCGUCUCAAAAGACGUUGUCCAGACUUUUGCUGAGAGCUCUGGCAGGUAAUAAAGCUAUCGACACGGUCUUGGGCCACUAUAACAUCAAAUCUUCUUGUGAGCUGCACAACCGCAAUAUUAUACACAAGCUGGUGAUUCAGUGUCGAAAUCCCAGCAAUUUACCCAAACUGAAAGCUGGCUUCCACCAUCCAUCUCCUAGCCUGCCGGAUGAGGCUGAAGAGAUCGAUGUGGAUGAAAUUGCUCUAGGUAAUCCCUAUCAACAGCUAGUCAGAUUGCUGGACCAUUUGACAGAAGACAUGCAUGAAGCUGUGGUGGCUCUGGAUGAUAUGAUGCGUGCUCCGUUACACUAUGCGGCGAUUUACGGGCUGCCCCAAGUGUCAGAGAUUUUGAUAUCCAAAAUGUCGGAAUGGGAGCUUUUGACGUCUUCUCAGGGUAUUCUCAGCAUGGAGUUCAAGGAUGCCGAAGGACUUGGUCCAAUUCACUAUUCUGUUCGCAACAACCAUCCGGUGACGACAGAAAAGAUGCUCAAGGAAGGCGUCCCACCUACCGAGGCCACAAAAUCAAUCUUGAAUCCAUUCUUGUUGGUUGCAACACGUCUCAAUUCAGUAAAAAUGCUCAAAGCACUACUUGAUUUCGGUCUUGACAUCAACUACCAGAACUCAAAAGGCGAGUCGGCCCUAUAUACGGCUGCCAAAUAUAAUUAUUUGGCAAGUGCAAAACUCUUGAUUGCUUCCAAGGCUGAUCUUGAGCUUGAAGAGUAUACUUUUGGCUGGACUGCUCUUUUCGUUGCUGCAGUAGAUGGGUCAACUGAAAUCGUCGAUCUCCUGUUGGACGCAGGGUGUGUAUCCACAGGUCUUGAUCAAUCGGGCUGGUCUGCAAAAGAGCAUGCAGCCUUGAGAGGGCAUAUUAAGUUGUCAGAAAAACUCGAGUUACCUUCCGAAUCGCCAACUCUAGUAGCAAAGCGAGAAACCACUCCCCCAGAAAGCGGAGCUUCGGAUUCGCUAAAACAGCGGAGAUCGACGGUUCCUAAAGACAUUAUCAAGUCUUUUGGUCAUCGCUACUUGGAAGAUCCAGAUACUGUGAUGGUUCUGGUCACACUAAGCAGCCACGAUCUUCGCCAAACUCGACGUUGUGUGGAAUUUGCUAGUCUCAACAUGUCACAAGCCGGUUCAACAGAGUUGGAUACGGCACUUUCACUGGUAGUCUCGUCAACUGGACAUGGCGAACCGGUUGUCUUAGAUCUGCCCGCUCCCGAAUUUGGUGUUAGUACCGAAACAAUCGCUUUUACAACUGCUGAUCUGGCCAACACAGCAAUCUAUUUUGAUUUGGUGCCCACAUAUUCGCCAAAGCGACCAGUGCUUGGUCGGGCAGUUGGAAUGCUAUCAAGCAUUGUAAAGCCUGUUGGAAACAUGGAAAACCUGAACGAGUCUAUGGUGGUGCCCAUUCUCGAACAGGGAACGCUGGCUAUUCUGGGCACCGUCAUGUUCAGCUUCCAAGUUGUGCGUCCAUUCAAGCAUGCAAGUGUUGGAAUUGAAACCACGUCGACGUACUGGAAAUCUUUGACCACCAGUCGUGUGAUUGGACACCGAGGUCUUGGUAAAAAUACCCUGUCCCAGCGAUCGCUGCAGCUUGGAGAAAACACUGUUGAAAGCUUUAUUCAAGCGGCCAAUCUGGGGGCUUCGUACGUCGAGUUUGACGUGCAACUAACUCGGGACCUUGUUCCAGUUAUUUAUCACGACUUUGUUGUGGGUGAUAGCGGCUUUGAUAUUCCAAUGCACAACUUGUCACUGGAGCAGUUUAUGAAUAUAAACAUGCCACAGGCGACCCAAACUCAAGAGGAGAGCUCAAAGCCACGCCGAUCAAUGUCUUUAUAUGAUUCUAGACAGUCAUUUAUGGAAAUGCACAGAAUGGCGCUAACCAAAGACUUCAAGGCCAAGGGGUUCAAAGGUAAUGUGCGGGGCCAUUCGAUCCAGUCCAAGUUUGCGACUCUCGAAGAGCUGUUCAAGACCUUACCGGCUUCGGUCGGGUUCAAUAUUGAAUGCAAAUAUCCAAUGCUCGAUGAGGCAGAAGCUGAGGAUAUGGACCAGAUUGUACUUGAGAAGAACGUUUGGGUUGAUACUGUUUUGAAGAUGGUGUACGACCUCAAGGGGGACCGUGAUAUCAUAUUCUCUUCUUUCAACCCUGAUAUUUGUGUCUUGCUAUCUCUCAAGCAGCCGUCAAUCCCAGUAUUGUUCCUGACUGAAGGCGGCACGGCACCUAUGAUGGACGUCCGGGCUUCCUCCUUACAAGAGGCCAUUCGAUUCGCUAAACGCUGGAACCUUCUUGGCAUUGUAUGUGAGUCCACACCCAUUGUCGCGUGUCCCCGCUUGGCUCAGGUCGUCAAACAGUCCGGGCUGGUUUGCUUUACCUACGGCGUUCUCAACAACCAGCCUGACCUGGCCCGGCGGCAGCUCAAGGCCGGCGUCGAUGCGGUGAUCGUGGACUCUGUGCUUGCGGUUCGAAAAGAACUCACUUCCGACGAGGGAAUUGUAUUCUGA